AUGUUACUUCGACAAUGUGUUGGUUUACACAAUUCUAAUAACGAUGAUCAACAAGGUAAUAUAUCAAAUUGUAAUAUUUAUCAUCUUCUUCAACGAUUAGGAAUAAAAAAAUCAAAUAUAUCAAAAUUUGAAUUAUUACCAAAUGAAUUACUAUUCAUUAUAUUUCAAUAUUUAUAUUGUGAUGAUAUUAUCUAUGCAUUUAAUAAUCUUAAUUAUCGUUUACAAUUAUUAUUAUAUUCAUAUGAAUAUUAUCAUUUAAAUUUUGAUCAAAUAAUAAUGAAAUCAAAAUAUAAUCUUAUUCAAAAUUUACCACUUAAUAUUCAACAUGUUAGAUCUUUAACAUUAUCGAAUAAUGUUAAUUCAUGUAUAAAUAUUGAAGAAUGUCUAUUAAAAUAUCCUAUAGAAUUAUUUUAUACUAGACUUCAAUCAUUAUCAAUUUUUCCGAAGGAUGCUGAUCAAUUACUAUCUCUUACUUUAUUAUUACCAAAUUUUCAACAAUUAAAAUAUUUAUUAAUAUCUAAAAAGACUGAUAUGUCUCGUGAUGAUACAAUAGGACAAAUUCGCAAUAUAAUAUUAUUUGAAAUAAAAACAUUAAAAUAUUUUACAUGGAAUUGUCCUACUUUGUUUUUUUUAACAGGAAAAUAUAAAACAUUACCAAUACAAAAAUCAACUAUCGAACAUUAUGAAAUUGAAACACUGUUUACUGAUGAUUUAGAUUGGCUCAAUUUGCAUACAAUAAAUAUGAAAUCAAUUCAUAUCUAUAUGAUUUUAUUUUCUGAGUUUUCACCUGAACAACAACAACAAAAACAAACAUUUCAAACAUUAAGUUCUCUAAAAAUACACAGUUUAUCUGCAGAUAAGAGUCAAAAUUUACUUAAAGAUUUAUCACUUUUAACUCAAUUGAAACAGUUAGAAUUAAGAUGUGAUCAUGAUCUCAUUUGUGAUCAAAGUUAUUAUAUCGAUGGUUAUAAAUGGGAAAAUUUUAUUCGAAAAUAUAUACCACAAUUAGAAAUUUUUAAAUUUUUCUUCGCUUCAGAGCACUCAAUAGAAAUGAUUAUAAAUAUUAAUGAAUUAAUUAAAUCAUUUAUGACAGAUUUUUGGUUAAUUGAAAAAAAAUGGUUUAUUACUUGUGAUUAUUAUAAGAAUCUAACUAGAUUAAAAGUAUAUACAGUACCAUAUAUGGGAAAAGAAUAUACAGAUGAUAUAUUUCUAAAAUCAUCUCAACGAAUAUCAACAUCAAAAAUAAAUGAUAUGUCAAAUAUUCGUCAAUUACGUUUACGUGAGAUUACACUACCAGAUAUAAUAUCAAAUGAUCAUUUUACUAAUCUUCAAUCAUUGGAAAUAUGGCAUAUAUCCGAUGAAAUAACUUAUAAUCAAUUAAAUAGAUUUUUAAAUAUAUCAUCAAUUAAAAAUAUAGUAUUUCCAUUUCGAAUUAAUUCAAAAUUAUUCUAUGAUAUUUUAAAAUAUAAUACAACACAAAUAUCAAUAGAAAUCUAUUAUGAUGAUUUAAUAGAAAUAUUAAGAAGAGCAACAUCUCAUAAUCGUCAUCAAAUAAUAAUUGAAUUAAAAAAGAUUAAACAACUAAACCUUAAAUAUAGAUUUAAAUAUAGACAAUCACAAGGAUUAACAGUAAAACAAGUUAAAAAAAUCUGUUAUUUAUUUUCAAAUAUCGAACAAUUAUUUAUUACUGAUUUAUUUGAAUCAAAUGAAUCAAUACCAUUACUUAUUCGUAAAUUAAAACAUUUAUCUUUUUUAUGUAUAUCUUUUCAUAAAGAUGCAUCUAUAAGACAAAUAGACAUUUCAAAUAUUCGACAAUGGUUAAUAGAUCAGUCAAGAACAAAAUUAAAUGAAAAUAAUUUUAUUUGUAAAUGGUCUGAAAUCGUAUUUCAUAGAACUUUUUAUUUAGUACUUCACUUUGAUUGA